GCCGUCCAAUCCAGGAACGUCAACAUCAUUACAAGCAUAAUGACGACAGCCAACCUCUUUUUAGCCUGAUAAUUACUGCACUAUUCGUAAGCAACCCCUAUCCUAAAACGUUGUAUAUAUUCCCCUCCUCCUUGUUACCGCUCCACUUCAAUAUCUUUCCGCCUCGCAAGUGAUCACAAUGAAGUUUUUCCAGCCCAUUGUCGUCUUUCUGUCUCUCCUCACCUCUAUUGCCCCGAGUGGGGUCAUAGCGGCGGAAGAAUCGGCAGCUACUCAGCAUCAGAAGGGCGAGACUGUGAGAUACCGAGGAUUGAAUCUAUAUGUGUCCAAGCCCGGGAGGUUUAACCUUGGCCACAAAAAGCCUGGAAAAAGAACAGGUGUUCUUCUUCUCACCGAUAUCUACGGCAUCCAGUUGAAGGAGAACCGAGAAUUGGUCGAUGAAUUUGCCAAACAGGGUUUCUUUACUGUUGCUCCAGACCUGUUCGGGGGCGAUCCGGCAAAAGAAACUCCAGGCUUCAACACCACCGAGUUCCUUGCCAAGCAUCCUCCCAGUGUCACUGACCCAAUUGUUGCAAAGGCAAUCAACUACCUACGCAAUGAGCUCAAAGUGAACUCCGUCGCUGCAACAGGUUAUUGCUACGGUGGACGUUACGUCUUUCGUUCACUAGGCCAGAACGGCAAAAUCGACGUUGGCUUCACUGCUCAUCCCAGUCUCUUGGCUACUGAUGAGAUUGAGGCUGUCAGAAAGCCCGUAUCCGUCGCUGGUGCAGCCGAGGACCAGAUCUUCCCCCAGACCAGACAAGCGGAGACUGAAGCCAUCCUCACUAAAAUAGGCAAGCCUUUCACUUCGGUUCUGUACAGUGGAACCACUCAUGGCUUUGCUGUUCGCGCGAAUGCGUCAAGCCCACAGCAGGUCUUUGCUAAAGACGAAGCGUUCUAUCAAGCUGUUCGAUUUUUUAAUGCAUGGGCCUGAUUCGCGAUACACAAGUCGCAGACCACGACCUCCCGCAAAUUAUAAGCAGAGGCAUUUCUACUUUCUUUCUUACGCACGGAUUCCUGGCACACGACAGGUAUUGUGCGCCAUAUAGUUAUCUAAUAAUAUUUUCCACUCUUGUGCUCACCAUACCGUUCCCAAUUCGACUUAGAGAAACCUCAAUCAUGCUAG